CAGGAACCAGCUUCCCAUUGGCCUGGGAAGCUUUUAGUGCGUCAAGCUAGAGAGAAGUGGGAUUCCCCGCCGCACCAGAGCUGGAGAAAAUAGUAGAAAAGAAUUGAAGAAAGCUGUGCCUAGUGAGAGCACUCGGAUCAAUGACUGCCCUCUGGUGGUGAACUGGAAUAAAUUCCCGAGAUGCCCUUUCUAUGACUUGGCAGCAGAAGACACCCAACUGCAGCACAUUUGACAUUGGAUUAUGUCUGACCUGGGGCCCUAAGGAAGCAACACCUCACCUUUGUGGGAAUUGGUUGUUGGUGCCAGAUUCCCAGCCACCCGCCUGCCCAGAGAUGGGGCCUCUGAAGACAAGAUUUCAGUUGCUUCAGUGCUUUUAGGGAAAGGUCUGCAGCCUUCCCUGUGAGUCACCGAGACUGUGAGCGACUACUCAUCAAGAGAGCAUGUGGUGACAUGGAGCCUGAAAUAAACUGCUCGGAAUUUUGUGACAGUUUUCCUGGCCAGGAGCUGGAUAGGAAACCCAAUUACGAGCUCUGCAGGACAACCAUUGCCUCUCCCCAGCACAGCAGCUCAGCCAUCUCUUCCCUGUCUCCAGCUCUCUUGGGUGUCGUUUGGACUUUCCUGAGUUCUGGACUCCUCCUGAUGCUUUUCUUUCUUGCUUUCACAAUUCGCUGCAGGAAGAACAGGAUUGUGAAGAUGUCCAGCCCGAACCUGAACAUUGUGACCUUACUGGGCAGUUGUCUGACUUACUGCAGUGCCUACCUUUUUGGGAUUCAAGGUGUUUUAGUGGGGCGCUCCAUGGAAACUCUCAUUCAGAUGAGGCUGUCCAUGCUGUGCAUUGGGACGUCCCUUGUGUUCGGCCCCAUUCUGGGGAAGAGCUGGCGGCUCUACAAGGUGUUUACGCAGAGAGUCCCGGACAAGAGAGUGAUUAUUAAAGACCUGCAGUUGCUGGGGUUGGUGGCUGCCCUGGUGGUGGCCGAUGUGAUCCUGCUUGUGACCUGGGUGUUGACUGAUCCCAUCCAGUGCCUCCAGAUCCUCGGGGUCAGCAUGACGGUGACAGGAAGAGACGUGUCCUGUUCGUUGACCAACACACACUUCUGUGCUUCACGGUACUCCGAUGUCUGGAUUGCUCUGGUGUUGGGCUGCAAGGGGCUGCUGCUGCUGUACGGUGCCUACCUGGCCGGGCUCACAGAGCACGUCAGCUCCCCCCCUGUGAACCAGUCCCUGACCAUCAUGGUGGGCGUCAACCUCCUGCUGCUUGCUGCCGGGCUGCUUUUCGUCGUCACCAGAUACUUGCCCUCCUGGCCCAACCUGGUCUUUGGACUCACGUCCGGCGGCAUCUUCAUCUGCACAACCACCGUCAACUGCUACGUCUUCCUUCCCCAGCUGAAGCAAUGGAAGGCAUUUGAAGGAGAAAACCAAACAAUCCGGCACAUGGCCAAAUAUUUCAAUACCCCCAGCAGGAGCUUCCACACCCAGUUGGGUGAGGACCAGAGCUGCCACCUGAGACAGGAGCACUCCACCGAGAGACUCCUCACCGAAAAAAAUGCAGUCAUCGAAAGCCUCCAAGAACAAGUGAACAAUGCCAAGGAGAAGCUAGUGAAGCUGAUGUCUUCUGAAUGUACCUACGACUCCCCAGCGUGGGCUGUUCCACCUGCCUCUGCCCAUGGCAAGGAUGUCCCCGCUGUCGCCUCUGCCCAAGAGCUAGCAGCCCCAGGACCUUCAGAACACACCUCUGCGCCUGCAAACGAUGCCGAUGCAGCAUCCUCCCAACACGUGGAGAGCCCUAGGACAUCUGAGAUGGACACCAGGCCCUCCUCGGGCCAGAAGAAGCCAUCUGACUUGAAAGACUUCCAUGAUCAUCUGGACUUAGAUGGUAUCCAGAAGCAAAGCCGGGAUCCAGAAAGAGGUGACCAGGGACCUGCGGCCCUGGGCCAGAGCUGCAUGCUGGAUGGAGGAGCCUGUGACCUCCAGAGGCCAAGGCAGAACUCACAGGAGCACUCAGAGAAGCUACCUAGGGUCAGUUCAGUGGUCAGAGAGAAGCUUCGGGAAGUCUUACAGGAUCUGGACCUGAGUCCCGAGGCUCCCCUCUCUCCGCUUUGUCCCCAGGAGCCUUGGAAAAGCAGUGCUUCCCACAGCCCUCAGAAGCUACCCCCAUCCAGGAAGCUGGGCUUCAGCCCAUACGUGGUGAGGAGGAGGCGGGUAGCCCAGAGGGCUCGCCCUCACUUCCCUGGCUCUGUACCCACUGUGAGGCACCAGGCAAAUAAGACUGUGCCCGGGGCACGCAGUGGCCUAAGUGUGCAGAGUGGGCACAGCCCCAAUCCGGACCCCCAAAGUGCAGGUUCUAAGGUCACAAGCCCUUCCUCCAGGAAGUCCUCACCACUCUCGGAUCCUCACCUGCAACCAGGUGCCCUGGGAAACAGCAAACAAUGUCAGACAGAACGGCAGAGGCCCAGAGGGCACGAGGCAGCCUUUCCCAGCCAGCCCGCCUCCACCCCUGCCCAGGCACAAAGUUCCACUGUCCCCUGCUUAAGCUACUCACCAGGCUUGCCUGGUCGGCGGCAGCCUUGGCCCGCAGUGUCCCCGGGGUGUCCCUCCUUACCUUCUCAGUGCAACUACCUUGACACUGAAACCAGCAGCUCAGAUGAGUUUUUCUGUCGCUGCCACAGACCCUACUGCGACAUCUGCUUCCAGAGCUCCUCUGACCCCAGCGACAGUGGCUCAUCAGACAGUGACUCCAAGCCUGUUUGGGCGCUGGCCUCUCGGGAUAAGCAGUGGGCCCGUUCCAAGCCCAUAGUGAACUUCAAAGAUGACUUGAAACCCACACUGGUGUGAUGCAAGCAGGGCGGGGCUGGCCAAGUCCAAUGGGCCAAGGCCCACAGGAAGGGCACCAGACGCCAGUCUUUGGAGAUCAGAGCAGUGCCCACCCUUUGACCAGCUCUGACCGUGUGGUCAGCUGUAAUCACGGUAUCACUGCAAGCGCCUCUUGAUCCAUAAAGAGAAGGGCAUCGCCUGACUUGCUACUCCCUGAGAGCCUUACUCACAAAGGCCUCUGGUUGGCAGAUUAUAAAAUACACUGACUCCUUAAACCAAAGGUGCUAAACCAGUAGAUAAGAGUUUUCCAUUCGGGUCAGCCUGCAUUCAACAAGCCUUUUCAUGCACACUGGCUGGCUGGCUGGAUGAACGAACAGAAGGGAUGGAGAGAUGGAUGGGCGAUUUCUGCAGAAUCUAAGUUUCAGGGCUGGAGAGAUGGUUUAGCGGUUAAGGUGC